UGGCGCAGGACCCAGCGGCAGCAUGGACGCAGAUGAGUUGAUUGAAUCCAUCAUCAGAGCGCUCAUGUUCAUUGCGGGGAUCCUGGGAAACAACUGGCUCGCCAUAACCUCUCUCCCCAAGAGGAGAUCUGACAUCCGCACCAAUGAGAUCCUGUUGGUCAACCUGGCUGUCUCCAACCUCAUCACCAACUGCCUGGUGGACGCCCCCGACACCAUGGCAGACUUUGCCGGCCGAUGGUUCCUGGGGGCGACCUUCUGCGGCAUCUUCCGCUUCUCCGCGGACCUCUCGGAAACCAGCAGCCUCUUCACCACCCUCUUCAUCUGCGCCUUUUGGCACCAGAAGCUGGUCGGCUCUCUCAAGCGGGGAGGCGCACCGGUGCAGCUGGAGAACCUGCGCCUGGUGGGGUGUCUGCUGGCCGGGAGCUGGACACUGUCCACCGUCUUCAGCAUCCCUCACUUCUUCUUCGUCUCGCUAGAGGGGACAAAUGGGAGCCACGAAGACUGCGUAGACGUCUUCCCCGACGCACUCUCCAGCCAAAUAUACGAUAUAUUUUUUCUGGUUUUGGCCAACGCUUUGCCCGUUGCGGGGAUCAUGGUCGCAAGCGUCCAGAUUGUCGUAACUUUGCUCCAAAACCAGAAGCGCAUACGGAGCCGUUCAUCUGACCCGGCCAAGGGGGCGAUCAAAGAAAACCACCCAGAAAGGUCUGUCAGCAGUGUUUCUGUUCCAGACCACUGUAAGGACCUCAAAGGUCCGUCUUCACCAGCCCACUCAGGUAAAACUGGGCACAAAGCGGACAGCGGAGUAGAAGCUCAGGCAAAUCCUUCACGGCCCAGCCAGAUGCCUUCUAAGCAGAGCACCAGCGCGCACUCUCAGGUGAGGGCAGCGAAGAGUGUGGUGGCCGUGGCCACUGUGGUCCUCAUCUGUUGGGUGACCCACCUACUUCUGCGCAUCAGCAACAACAUCCAGACUUCGUCGCUGAUGAUGGAGCUGGCCAGUUACAUCGGAGCGUCCUACACCUGCAUCAUCCCGUAUAUAUUUCUGCACGGACUAAAAAAACUGUCCUGCUGUCGUAAAUCAUAGAAAAUGCAGUGUGCAUUCGGUUGAGACC